UUACUUUAUUUAUCAAUUUUCUCUGAGUUUGAUUUUGAUACAUAGGAAGGAGAAAGGACCAGUGCUGCUGAGUUGUAGCAGAGCCGAGCAGAGAAGAGAUCGGAAUCGGGGGCAAGAAAUUGAAACGGUGAAUAUGCAACUCAUCAAUGCUGCAGUGCUGGCGUCGAUGGCGGUGGCCCGUAAUAGCGGUGGUUUAUUGGGGGCCGAGGUGGAGUUCGGGACGUUUCUGUGGUUUCUGUACGGCGGCAUAUCGUGUGUGUUGGUUUUGUUCGCAGGGAUGAUGUCUGGCCUCACUCUAGGGCUUAUGUCUUUGGGGCUGGUUGAGUUGGAGAUCCUCCAGCGCAGUGGAACUGAUACUGAGAAGAAGCAAGCUGCUGCAAUACUUCCGGUGGUUCAGAAGCAGCAUCAGCUGCUUGUCACGUUGCUUUUAUGUAAUGCUGCUGCAAUGGAGGCCCUUCCGAUAUAUUUGGACAAGAUGUUCAAUCAGUAUGUUGCCAUCAUAUUGUCUGUAACUUUUGUUUUAGCUUUUGGAGAGGUUAUCCCUCAAGCAAUAUGCACUAGAUAUGGGCUUGCUGUUGGUGCUAACCUUGUGUGGGUAGUUCGCAUUCUGAUGAUCAUUUGCUACCCAAUUUCUUACCCGAUCGGAAAGAUACUGGACUGUAUGCUGGGGCAUAACGAUGCACUAUUCAGACGAGCUCAGCUGAAGGCUCUUGUUUCUAUCCACAGCCAGGAGGCUGGAAAAGGCGGAGAGCUUACUCAUGACGAGACAACAAUAAUAAGUGGAGCUCUGGAUUUGACAGAGAAGACUGCUGAAGAGGCUAUGACACCCAUCGAGUCAACAUUUUCACUAGAUGUGAAUUCAAAGCUAGACUGGGAGGCAAUGGGUAAGAUACUUGCCCGUGGUCAUAGUCGAGUUCCUGUCUACUCUGGGAAUCCAAGAAAUGUUAUUGGGCUUCUACUGGUAAAGAGUCUUCUAACAGUGAGACCUGAGACAGAAACUCCUGUCAGCGCUGUUUCCAUUCGAAGAAUUCCACGUGUCCCUGCAGAUAUGCCCCUCUACGACAUACUCAAUGAGUUUCAAAAAGGUAGUAGUCACAUGGCAGCUGUCGUGAAGCCAAAGGGGCAAUCCCGAAAGCCUCCGGCUAUUGAGGAGAAGGGUGAGGAGAAUGAAUUUUCCAAUGGGAAUGACUCGAACUUAACGACUCCAUUGCUAUCAAAGAAAGAAGAGAAGGUGGAAAGUGUCGUUGUUGACAUUGAGAAAGUCCAAAGGCGACCGUCCAAAAGUAGCUUGAUAAAUAAUGAGACAGCUCCUCCUUCGGAUGAUUGUGAAGAUGGUGAAGUUAUCGGGAUUAUUACCUUAGAAGAUGUGUUUGAAGAACUUUUGCAGGAGGAGAUUGUCGAUGAGACUGACGAAUAUGUUGAUGUACAUAAAAGGAUACGUGUCGCUGCAGCUGCGGCUGCAGCUGCUUCAUCAGUCGCGCGUGUUCCAUCAAUUCGAAGAUUGUCCGGCAUAAAGGGACCUGUAGGUCAGCAAAAACAAGGACAGCCGACGACGAUGAAAAAGCCCGGCGAGGAUGAUUCCACAUCGACCGCACUUUCGAAGAACAUCGCCGAUUCUAAUCCCGGAAACAAGAGAUGAUAGAUUCGAUUCGAUCGUUAAAACCCGGGAAUUCUAUUAAUCGCAUAAGAGCUAAGUAAUCGAAACUCUAGUUUGUAUAAUAUGUGCAUUUUUUAUCCCGAAUUUAUAUAAUAAAUUGAACGGCUCAUUUUUAAAUGCAUCUAAUCUUCGAAUCUCCGGAAACUUAGACA